AUGUCCAAGAAAACAUCAAUUCCUAUCUUCCUGUUUACAUUCAAUUGUGCAAAAACCAAUCAAGCCACACAGGAUUUGGAGGACGCACUGGGAAGAGCGUAUCCCCAGGCCCAUCCCCCACCGUCUUUACUGGUGUUCGGGUUCCAGGAGAUCUGCUCCGUUAUUGAUUCCACCUCGUAUGCUACCGUUAAUCAGCAUGUGAUUCAGAUGAAUGAUUUUCUUCUCGGGAGUCUCAGUGCGAGAUAUGGCUCCGAUUACAGUUUUAGUACGGUGGGUAUAAACCAUACUGGCUCUGUAGCACUGAUAGUGAUAACCCCAUACCCCAGCAAAGUAUCUCAGGUGAAAACCGCCAACAUGUCCUGCGGAAGACUUUUGUCAAGCACCAAAGGUGGGGCUGGUGUCAGACUCAAGCUUCGGGUCAAAGAAUCGGAAAACCCGGUGGGGUUCACCUUCGUGGCUGCCCAUUUCAUGGCAGCAGAGGGUGAGAAGUAUCUACUCAGGAGAAACCAAAACUACCUGACUUUGUUGCAAGGAAUGGAUUUUGGAGAUGGAUUUGGCGUUAUAAAGCCCCGGUUCCACUGUUUCUUCAUGGGCGAUCUCAAUUACAGAGCCUCGGGUGGGUUUCACGGAAAGCAUAGACCUUCCUCGAGAGCCUCGGAGUCGGAGCGACUCAUCUCUGAUUUCGAAUCCACAGACGAAUUGAGCAUCUACAGAACGGCCGGCGAGGUCUUUUGGGGAUUUGAAGAGCCUCCGGUCACGUUCAAGCCAACCUACAAGUUCAAGGUUGGAACCUCUGAAUAUACAUCCAAAAGGGUUCCUUCGUGGUGCGACCGCAUUCUGUACCAGAACUACACAGAGGAGUAUCACGAUACCACCGAACCACUCGAACGAGUACUGGAGUACAAUUCCAUACCAUCUCUGAAGACGUCAGAUCACAUUCCUGUUUAUCUCAACAUUGAAGUUCCCACCGACCCACCAUUGAGCAUAGUGAAUAACAGAGGAUACCUGAUAGAUGCCAGUGGUAUCAGCGUUGAUAACAUCUAUCUGAAACCAACCAAGCUGACGUCUUAUUACUCGAAAUUUGGCAUUGCGACCGAUGUGGUCUUCCGCGCGGUAUUAUUGGGUCUUCUGACAAAUACUGGAAGGAUAGUACUGGCUGUUUUGGUGUUGUUUUUAGUAUGGGUUUUUCGUUUCUGA